GCCGAGCCCCACCAGUAUCACAUCAAGACUCUUGAAAAAUAAGAAUACGCGAGGCACGCGCUACAGCCUUCGUCACAGCGAGCGUGACAAUUUUGAGGCCCUGCGCCUGCCGCUUGCCUGGUGUCUGCGUGGUAGUUUUUCGUUUGUUUGUCGGUAUUCAUGCAGCCGACGCAAUACAGAAAGACUUGCCAGGCCCGAACAUAUUUGCAACGCAUGCCGCCCCUCCGAGCCCAGGCAUCCAAGUGCAUUGCGUCCGCAAUGCAGUUGUCUUCAAAGGUGUAGCCC